UGGGAAGUAUCCCGGUCUGGGGGUGGGGGUGCGCCGCACAGCUCCUGUCGCCGUCGCGGCUUCCGGUGCUAGGUGGAGGAAAGGAAGGAGGGAGCUGGGGAGCGGGGCCAGGGGAGCAGCCUUGCCGAAAUCGGCUUGGGGGAGUCGGAGGGAGCGGAACCAGUGCCGAGCGGAACCUGCGGGGGCGGAGGCGGCGGCUGCGGCGGCGGAGCUGGGAGCAGGAACUGGAUUGAGUUCUCCAUACCAGGGCCCAGGCCAAAACCAGACUGCCACUGCCCCCACUUGAGCCCUCCUGUCCUCAGAAAGUGGUUGCUGUGAUCAUGGGUAAUAUCUUUGGAAACCUUCUGAAGAGCCUGAUUGGGAAGAAGGAGAUGCGCAUCCUGAUGGUGGGCCUGGAUGCUGCAGGAAAGACCACCAUCCUGUAUAAGUUGAAACUGGGGGAGAUCGUCACCACCAUCCCCACCAUUGGGUUCAACGUGGAAACAGUGGAGUACAAGAAUAUCAGCUUCACAGUUUGGGACGUGGGUGGCCAGGACAAGAUUCGACCUCUCUGGAGACACUACUUCCAAAACACCCAGGGGUUGAUAUUUGUGGUCGACAGCAAUGAUAGGGAGCGAGUAAAUGAGGCCCGAGAGGAGCUGAUGAGGAUGCUGGCAGAGGAUGAGCUCCGGGAUGCAGUGCUCCUUGUCUUUGCAAACAAACAGGAUUUGCCUAAUGCUAUGAACGCUGCUGAGAUCACAGACAAGUUGGGCCUGCAUUCUCUGCGUCACCGCAACUGGUACAUUCAGGCCACCUGUGCCACCAGCGGGGACGGGCUGUACGAAGGCCUGGACUGGCUGGCCAAUCAGCUCAAAAACAAGAAGUGAGAGCCAGGCAGCCCUAUCCGACCGCCCUACCUAUCCCUGACACACCUACUGUCUCCCUGCCCCAGCUCUGCCCCUUCCUUCCCGUUGCCAGUGUGGCCAGGGCCCUGGGUAUCAUGUCCGCAUGCCCAACAAGAGCCUUGCCUCCCCUGCCUCCCCUCCUCUCCCCUGUCCAUGACCAGUCCCCGUUGCUGUCCUGAUGAUGAAUCAUUCCAAUUUAUCGGAUUUAAAACAAAAACAAGGUUGUUAUGGUUUCAUGGGUGGCCCCCCCUCAUCCUCUGGGGUUUGGGAGGUGGGGUGGGGUAUUCUCUCCGUUCGCUUCGUUUGGCUCUGGUUGCUGUGCUCUUGGCAUCUCAGUCCCUUCCCUCUCCCCACAGGUUCCUCUCCCACUCCCCGUCUUCCUUUCCUUUGCCAUUCUCUCCCUGUUCUACAUGGAAAUUGCACGGGCCUCUCUGUGUGUGCGUGCAUGUGUGCGCGUGUAUAUACAUGUAUAGAGAGAUAUAUAUGCGGGUGGAGGUGUGGAGUGCAGCUCGGUGCUGGGAGCCAGGUCACUGCCCACUCCAGCCUAUCAUCUGCCCCUCCCAUGUUGGUGAGAUAAAGGGAAGAAGGUAGAGGGAAGGCUGCCCCAGUCUUGAGCUGGUUCCUCUCCUCUCUGCAGGUAGGUUUUUCUGGAUGAUAGGACAGAUGAUGGAUUUUCCACCGCCAUCUUCCUUGUACCCCUCUCUACAUCCUGUUCAGGGCAGGGGGAUGGUCUUUAUCUCUAGAUGACUGUUCCCAAGGAGAUGCUAUUCUGCCCUGCCUUGUUACUGGGAAGGAGAGAAGAGCCCACUCACUCUUGUCAGCCCAGUGUUCAGCUGAUCCUCCUCCUCAUCCUUAGAUCUGUUCCUCAGGAGCUUGUGAGGAAGACGGGGAGAGCAAGACCAUGGGGUGUGUUUGGGAUCCAGGGCACUGGGGGGUGGGCCUCAGGUUUUCCAUCUUCAUCCUCUUGUGUUGUUAGGAGAAGGUGAGGCAUGGAUCAGUCUAUUCCUGCCCUCCCAUGCCCCCCCCCCCAAUCUUCUGAUCUUGGAGACUGGGUGGUUUAUCUGUCCUUUGUCAGAAGUUUCCUCACCCUAGUAGUCCUGCUGACCUGACCGGGGCUGGCUGGGUGGUUUAAUGGGGAGCAGGGGAGUGGGGGUGACAUAGCAGACCUCAGUUUCAAUUCCCCUAUUCUCCACUUCUCUCUUUUUCUAGUCUAGGGUGUGCUGAAGGCUGAAAAUUUUCUGUUCUGUUUCUAGACCCUCAGACUAUCCUGCUGUCCCUCCUCACUCCACCCCAACAGUUUUCUCCUGCCCGUUUCAGCCACUUCCCAUGAAUCCAUUUGAGGUUGGAGUGGAGGAAAUUAGAACUCUGAAGUAGUUGUUGGUGCUGGUGGGAUGCAGUGGUCUUCAGGGUCCUCCCCCCAUUAUUAUGUAGUUCAGAAGCUGCUGCUACUGCGUCUCUCUGUUUACAGGGGGCGCUUGUCCCUGAGGUCCUGGCCCGGGUCCUGACUUUGCGGUUUCUGUGAAGCCGUGGCUUUUCUGUGGGCUCCUGUGUGUGCUGGCUGCGCCCUGAGCUCCAAAACGGCCGCCCAUAACCUUUCUGCUAUGGUCAGGGCCCCGGCACCCUGUCCUCCCCCCCACCCCCCCCCCCCAGAGCAUGGCUGAGGGACCCCUUCCCAGAAGGACUGUCCCAAGCCCCACCCCAUGGGGCCAGGCUUCCUGCCACCUUUGUCUACAACAGGCAGAUCAGUACCCCCACCCUACCCCAGGUUGAACUGUGAAAGAGAGGUUCCAGGGGUGUCUCCCUCAGUGCCAGUUUCUUAGUGAUGUACUAUUUACCCAAGAUGCAGUGGGAGUGUGCAGGUCUCCUGAUCUCUAGGCGUGUGUGUGUGUGUGUGUGUGUGUGUAUUUGGUGGCAGGGGUGAGGGGAGAGGUAUGCUGGAGCUUCUAGUUCAUUUUAACAUGUAUUCACUCCCCUGACUGCACAGAUGCUUCCCUCCACUCCUUUCCUUUGCCUCUGCCUCUGUUUCCUCAUUUUUUUGCUCCUGCCCCUGUUGCCUCUCCCCUCCUGAACUGUUGCCUUUGCCUUCUCAACUCAUUCACUGCUGUUGCCUGUCUCCCCUUUCCUUGUUUCGUUCCUACUUAGGAUUCCCCACUCUUGGUCUUUGCAGUAGCUGCGGAUUUUACCUCUUCUCCUGCCUCCCAGUCUGACCCUCCCUAGUUAGAUGGCAGUCCCAAUUAGGUUUUUCUUAUUUAAGGCCCACCCCUACCUUGUUUUGGGGGGCUCCAGAGACCAGUGGGCCUGAGGGUGUUAGCAAGCAGCCUUGGAGGUUGCCUUGGUGCUGCUCAAGGAUCCAUCCAGCAGGGGGGAGCAGUAAGUGAUCUUGGUAGUAUUCCUGGUUGCUAGGCCCUUGGCAGGGGUGGGUGGACCUUUCUACAUUCCCAUUCUCCUAAAAGCUCUUUCUGGAUUGGGUUUCUCAUUCCAUUUUUGCCUGUUCCCUCCCACAUUCUCCUCUGGUAGAUUUCAUUUUAUGCUUUCCUUUGUUACAGCCUUUUUCCCCCUAGAGAUUCCCCUCUGGGCCCCCUCCCCCAGCAGAGUGUGUUUUGUGAUGUUACAGUAGUAACUGCAGUUCUGGUUUUUCUCUUCUUCUUUUCUCCUCUGGACUGUAGACUGUAUAUGUUUAAUGACUCACCUUCUCUCUCCUUGCCCAAAAUGUGGGAUACGCGAUGACUGUGACCCUGGUUGGAAAUUAAACUUGUUUUAUGCA